AGCAUUUACCGUUCACACGCCGGGGCCAUCUUGUGUUGGUCCACCGUUGCUAGGUAACCACAGUACCGAGAUGACAGAGUUGCACCAGGCAGCUGCAGCGGGCGACUUUGACCGAGUUGAGGAGCUCCUGAAACAAAAUGAAUGCAAUCCCAACCACAGAGAUAUCGACUGGAGCUACAAGACUCCUCUUCACUGGGCAGCAGCUAAAGGUCACACAGAAACAGUGAGGAUCCUCAUUGAACAUGGAGCCAGGCCGUGUCUGAGGACGGAGCAUGGAUGGACCCCUGCCCACUCGGCUGCAGAGUCCGGCCGGCUGGCAGUGCUGCGGCUGCUGCACUCCCUGCAUGCCCCUAUAGACAAGGAGGACUGCUGUGGAGACAAACCAGUGCGGAUAGCUGAAAUAUACGGACACCAGGACUGCGUUCGAUUUCUUAAAAAAGCAGAAAUUGAGUGCCAGGCCUACCGCAAGAUGGCAACCCAGAAAGGGAUUUCACUGGAUGACACGGACGAGGAGUGGGCAGAGCAGGGCAAAGAAAAUGAAGCAAACAGAAUCUCUAGCAACAUUCAGACGUAG